AUGAAGACAACAACAUUACAGAGUGAAAUACAUACCUUUCACUCGGGUCGGCCACAGCCUGAAUCCUCCUCGAACAUAUCCAUAUUCACUACAGUUGACCCCAGCACUGCAGAGCCAUUGGCUACGAUCCAUCCCACCACGCCCCAGCAGCUCGACAACGCCAUUGCAUCUGCCGAAGAAGCCUUUCCAUCAUGGUCGCAAACUUCCCCAGCACAUCGAGCUGCUAUCUUGCUACGAGCUGCAGCGAUUCUAAGACAACGUAAUGACGAGCUAGCUCUUACUGAAACCGUGGACACUGGGAAAGCAUGGUCGGAGACGUCUUCUGUCGACGCACACCUCGUUUUAGGUGGCCUUCCAGGGCAACACACACGCUUGGCAUCCGAUGCGUAUUUCUCGACGAGCCAUGAGCCUCUGGGUGUUUGUGCUGGAAUAGGCGCCUGGAACUAUCCUCUUCAGAUUGCUCUCUGGAAGUCAGCUCCCUGUCUUGCUGCGGGGAAUUGUAUGGUAUAUAAGCCGAGUGAGGUCACACCUCUCCAUGCAAAUACCCUUGCUCUGAUCUAUAUGGAAGCUGGACUGCCACCGGGAGUCUUCAAUGUGGUUCAUGGUGAUGGACCCAGUGUGGGAGCCCUAUUGGUGGCUCAUGAAGGUAUCGCCAAGGUGAGCUUUACUGGCCAGGUCAGCACCGGCAGUAAGGUUGCUAGCGAGGCUGCCAAGGGCCUAAAGGGGAUUACGAUGGAACUCGGAGGGAAGAGCCCCCUGGUGAUACUUCCAGAUGCCGACGUUGAGGAGGCAGCUGAUAUUGCAAUGAUGGCCAACUUCUUUUCAAGCGGUCAGGUUUGUACUAAUGGAACCCGUGUCUUCGUGCCCGAAACCCUUCUCAGCCGGUUUGAGGGGGCCUUGAUCAAGCGCUGUCGCGAGGGGAUCCGUAUGGGGUUUCCGACGGACCGGAACACCAAUUUUGGUCCUGUCGUUAGCGAUAUUCAAAGGGACAAAGUCAAUAUGUAUAUCAAGCAUGGGCGUGAGAUUGAUAGGGCAAGGGUAUUGUAUGAUGGUGCCCUUGAUUCUCAGAAAGACUUUCCAUCAAAAGAAGGCUUCUGGGUGCCCCCUGUUAUCUUUACCGAUUUCACGGACGACAUGCGCAUUGUCCAAGAGGAGAUCUUUGGUCCAGUUAUGAGUAUUCUACCAUAUAAAGCUCAACCUCAGGAGGAAGAGGAUUGGCUACAUGACCUGAUACGACGGGCAAAUAACUCCCCGAUGGGGCUUGCAGCAGGUGUUGUCUCAUCUGAUGUGGGAUUUGCUCAACGUAUUGUUCAACAAAUAGAUGCAGGAAUAGCCUGGAUCAACACGUGGGGUGAAAGCCCCGCAGAGAUGCCUGUCGGUGGCUGGAAGAUGAGUGGCAUAGGAUUGGAGAAUGGCCAGGAAGGCAUCCAAGCAUACCUUCGGACCAAGAGUACGCUGGUGCGGUGUGGUAGAGGUGCUUGCGGCAACGUUUUCACCAAAUCCUGAAACAAUUCUCUCCAAUAACAUGAGCUCU